GGGGUGUUUUCUUUUGGGGGGAGUGGUUGGGUGGUUUUGAGCAUGUUGUCCUGUGCUGGGUGAAAAUAGUCCUACCAGCAGCUGUAAGCUCUCACAGCUCUACAAGGGCUGGUAAAACAGAAGUCUUCGAAGUGUUUGUUGUUUCUUAACAACUUUUUAGGGUGUCUUGUGGUUCUUUACAGCUUGCCCUUCAACCCUUGGAAAAUUCACUCUUUUCCUUGAUGGGAAGGGACCUUCAGGGUUGAGGAUCACCUUAACAUAGCUUGAAUCAGAGCUUUAUUUCUUGCAUUCUUUUAGACCUUGAGUUUCAAGGGGGAAGCAGUAACUUUUAGGGGGGUUUUGCCUGCGCCAGCAGUAGGAAGGAGGGGAGUGUACAUCCUUGGGAAUGCUGCCUUAACUCUGUGUCCCAUCCUGAAGAGCCAGCCAUCAAUGAAGCCAUGGGGGUCUCAAGGACCAAGAAGACAAAGGACAGCAACAGUCGGAAGCAAAAGAGCAAGUUGGAGAAGGGGCAGGGGGUGCUGAAGACGACUCGGGUGAAGGAGCAACCAGAAGAAAUACCAUGCAUGGGGCAGACAGCUGUGCUGAAAGGGAAGAAGGUCAAGGAGAAACCACUGCAGGAGAACACCAUCAGUAGAAGCUCUGUAAGGCAUAAGGUUGCAGAAGAGAAAGAUCUCAGCUCAAGCUGGCAGGAUGGGAUUCCGGUGAAGGAGACGGCUGCAUCCUUGUUGGAGGAAACCGAUUCUACCCUCCACCAAGGGUCAUCAGUGGGACUGAAGGACUCCUCCAGGUCAAAGAGUAAAUCCCAGAGAGAGGGACCUGCAGUGGGACAGCAGCUCUCAGAGACAGAGGACAAAGUUGGGCUCCUCAAGCCCAGUAGAGGUGAUGAUGGUGUGGCUGCAUUCCUCUCUGGAGAGCCUGGGGCUUCAGGACUGGCUGUGGGGGUCACUGCUUUGAGGGAGAGUGUGGAGAAGGAGCUAGACCCACAUGUCCCAAUGCAGAAAGGGGAUGCAAGAAACCUGAAAAGAAAAAAAGAAACAGAGAAGAAGCAAGAGCCAAAGAAGCAGAGGGAGAAUUUGUUGAGGAAAGGAGGGAGCAAAAAAGAUAAGUUAGAGGAAAGCCUUGGGAAUGUGAUGGAGGACAUCGGGGAGGAAGAUGGUGCUGGUGAGGACAAGAAUUGUGGAGUCAGACAGAGUGAAGGCAAGCAAGGGAGCAGCAGCACACAGGGAAAGGCUGAUGAGAGGGAAAAGCAGAAGGGGAGAGGGGAGAAGCGCAAGAAGGUAAAAAUAGAGGGGGAGGAGAAGGAGGGGAGGAAGAAAAUAAAGAAGGAGAAAAAGGUGGAAGAGCAGCAAGAGCUGGAAAGGUUGGGUGAGGAAUUAGGAGUGGGAGAUGCAGGGAAGGAAGGUGAAGGUGGAAAAGGACUAAAGGAGGAGGAGGUGGAUGAACAAGGAGAUAAAGGAUGGGGACAGAUUCAGAGCAUGAAGGCCGAGGAAAAGGAGGUGGGGAGUGGAGAGGUGCUGGGGAAAAAGCAGAGCACCAAGGACAAAAAGCCAAAAGAGAAAAAGAAAGAGAAGGGGAAGAAAGAUAAAGAGAAGAGCCAAGAGGAAGAGACCCCAAAGAAAACCCAGAAAAGAAAAUCUAAGGAUGAAGGAGAGGAGAAGAACAACAAAAAGGUUAAAAAGGAAGAGAAAGGGAAAGAAAAGAAAGAAACAGAAAACAAGUGGAAAUGGUAAGCAUCCUGCAUGUGUUUGGCUUCUGAGCAGAUUUAACUUGAAUGUGAUGAGGCUUUUAGUUUUAUUUCAUAGGAUAAAACUGAAACAUCUAAUUUUAAAUUGAUAUUUUUAUUAACUCCCUGGCUGUAUUUUCUUAAGUCCUGAACUUGAUGCUUUGGGCAAGAGGAAGGGUGUGAGAGGUAAUAGGAGGUCGUGACUAUGUAAUAGUAUUCAUAUAAUAUUAUGCUAUAUACUGCUAUAGGAAUACAUACUCCUCCUGAACAGGCUUUGCUGAUGUCCAGCCAAGCAAGAGAGGUGCUCAUGGCUGGUGAAAGGAGGUGACCCACAGCAGCCUGCCACAAACCACUGAGCCUGGGCUGUAUGGAGCUGCUGGGUAUUAUCCCAGUUAUCCCAGACAGGGAUCUUGUGGAUAUCACCCACAUCAUGCAAUCAUAGAACAACUGUGGUUAGAAAGGACACCUUAAGAUCACUUAGUUCCAACAAACCCAGACCUUAGGAAACGAUUUUGUGGAGCACAAUGUGUUUUGAAAAUA